AAAAUAAAAACCAACAAAGUUAUUCCAUAAAUAAUUUGUAUAUAUAGCAAGCCUUUUUUUUUCCUAAACCCAAGGAAGAUUACAAGGCAAAAAAUACUCUGUUUCUCACUUGCUUACUUCUCUGUGCUCUGUUCCAUGGAGUGGACUAGAGGACACCCCAUUGGCCGUGGAGCCACCUCCACAGUCUAUCUCGCCGCUGACAACAAUUCCGGUGAGCUAUUAGCCGUGAAGUCUACAGAUCUUUGUUCUUGUUCAGUUUUCUUGAGAAAAGAACAGAGUUUUCUUUCAAAACUAAGCUCUUCUUACAUUGUAAAGUACUUGGGUUAUUUGGUCACUACUGAUGAUGAUCCAAACAAUUGUUCUCCUCCCACAUACAAUCUUUGCAUGGAGUAUAUGUCAGGUGGAACGCUUUCCGAUGAGAUCAGACGGCGUGGAGGGAAGCUCGAUGAGUCUCUGAUCAAGCUCUACACGUAUCAGAUUCUCCAAGGUUUAGAUUACCUUCACGGGAAUGGACUAGCUCAUUGUGAUAUCAAGAGCCGGAAUAUCUUGGUUGGUGAAGAGGGUGUCAAAAUUGCUGAUUUGGGCUGUGCUAAAUUGGUGAGAAGAGUGGAUUGGAUCGAAGAUUUCGACGAGGGGGCUGCAUCGAAAUUCUCCGGGACACCGGCUUUCAUGGCACCGGAAGUGACGCGUGGGGAAGAACAGGGUGUUGAAGCUGACAUAUGGGCUUUAGGAUGUACGGUCAUUGAGAUGGCCACUGGCAGUGGACCUUGGCCGGAGAUGAAUGACCCGGCAUCGGCGCUUUAUCAGAUCGGAUAUCGCAAUAGUGUACCAGAGCUUCCGAGCUGGCUUUCGGAGGAAGCAAAGGACUUCUUGAGCAAGUGUUUGAAGAGGGACUCAAAGGAGAGGUGGACAGCUAAGGAACUUGUUAGUCAUCCAUUUGUUCAAGUGUCGGAGUCUCAUUUGGGACAGUAUGAGGCCCAAACGACAUCUCCUAGUGGCGUUUUGGAUAGAGACUUGUGGGAUCUGUUGGAAGUGUCAGAGUGUAGUAGGAACAAAGAGCUUGAACUUGAUGCCUCUUUUGUGAGUUCAGCUAAGGAGAGGAUCAAAGUUUUGAUCGGUGGUGACACAUUUUCUUGUCUUCCUAAUAGACCUAAUUGGGGUUGGAGGAGUGAUGAUCAUGAUGAUGAUGAUUGGUUCACUGUUAGAAGCAAUGAUUUUGAAGAAGACCCCGUUCAGGAUUCAACUACAACAACUUAUAAUUCAAUUAUUCAAGAAGGAGAGAUUGUUUAUACCUCAUUGUAUGAUGAAAUGUCAUUAGAUUAUUAUUAUUCUGUUGAAACAAUUAGUACCAAUAUUAGUAAUGAAACAAGUUUUGUUAUGACAUGUAAUAAUGCAAAUCUCCAAAAGGAAAAAAAAAAAAAAAAGUCAAUAUUUUUUCCAACCACAGGGUGCUUUUCAUGUUUUUUACUUUGUUAUUUUCACAUUCUCAAUACUUUAAUUUUAUUUGUUUCUUUUUUUAUUUUUGGGUUCACAUUCACGUGCUAUGUUGGCGGUUCCAAAUUUUCUAGAAAUAGAGGUCAAUUUUCUUUGUUCUCUAUCUCGGUUGUUAUCCCAAAAAUUUAGAGUUCGAUGACGUGGCAAUCAGAAGUGACAAGUGGCAAUACAUAGUCUAUAAACGACACAUUAAUAGUCAAUAAAUGUAUUGGCUCGUCGGAGUUGUGAUAAAGUGAUCUGACUGACCUGGUAGAGAUUCUGUCAGACCGAUAAGGAUUUUUGAUUGACCAGUCAAGUGUCAUGACCGACCAGUCAUGUGCUUGUCUGCCCAGUCAUGUGCUUGUUCGACCAGUGAGGUGUUUGUCCGACUAGUUAAGUGUAUGGCCGACCAGUGA